AUGGAGAGAAUGACAUCGGCAGAAUUGGACAAAUUCCGAUGUGUCACAGAGUGGUUUGGUAUCGAUGACGAGGAGAUGAGUGAUGGUGAAGAAAACAACGAUCCACUGCUUUUUGCGACUGGACCACCUAAAAAACGUAAAAUAACGGAUGCUCCGGAUGACGAGCCGCCGAAGCUGAUUCCAACCGCGCAUUAUCGGCUUGUCUAUGGAGGCAAUUCAUUGUUCUUAUUUUUCCGCGUCCAUCAAAUGAUAUGUGACCGGCUUGGCAAAAUGAAAAUGAAGCAUGCUGAACAAAUGAAGGAUUAUGAGGAAGAGCAAGCAAUCGCUGCUAUGCAGGCGGAGUUGUACAAAAUUCAUGGAAAAGGAUUUGGUAGCCAUGAACUCAACGCUAGUGACACGAAUAACGGAUUAGCCAUAAUAAAAAGUCCUCGUCGAUCUCCUGCUUCCAACUACGCUGAUCUCUUGUGCGAAAUAAAAAGCCUUUUGGAUGGAAACAUUGAUCCCAAUACUUACGAGGAUAAUGUUCGGCUACUGUUCCCAAUAGACGGUUAUUUGGUCACAACAAUUGAUAAACUCAUAGCUAUGGUUGGACGGCAGUUGCAUUUCUUAGCACAGCUGAGGCGAUUGAAUACUCAUGACGCAUACAAAGCGUUGCUAAAUGUUGUAGCUCGUCUUUUCCUGAGGCGUAUCUCGAGCGAUCCAUGUACUGGAGAUUUCAUUGCAUUCGGAGGAGACGGAGCUCCAUCAAUUUUAUCGCCUUCUUUCGGAUGGGAAGGAAUUAUUCGACGCAAUCGUGGACGUGGAUUGGCAAAAAUGGAGCGCAUGCAUUACAUCCGCAAAUGUCGAGCUGGCGAUAUGUUCGCGGAAGAACACGGUGUCACAUGGUUGGCGAAAGGGAUGCAAAAAGUCACAUCACAUCAUCCGGUGUAUGAGUUUCUGCAAUUUAACAAAUAUAUGCUGAAAAAUAUAGCAUAUCAGUCUCGCUCCAAAUAUAUACAUGUUAGUUGA